AUGGCUAAAAGUGCAGAGGUCAAACUGGCAGUAUUUGGAAGGGCAGGCGUGGGCAAGUCAGCUCUGGUAGUGCGAUUCCUGACCAAGCGGUUCAUCUGGGAAUACGAUCCCACCCUCGAAUCAACCUACCGACACCAAGCAACCAUCGAUGAUGAAGUUGUCACCAUGGAGAUACUAGAUACUGCUGGUCAGGAAGACACUAUCCAGAGGGAAGGACACAUGCGGUGGGGGGAAGGCUUUGUGCUGGUCUACGACAUCACUGACCGAGGAAGUUUUGAGGAAAUGCUGCCCCUGAAGAACAUUCUGGAUGAGAUCAAAAAACCCAAGAAUGUGACUCUCAUCUUGGUUGGAAACAAAGCUGACUUGGACCAUUCCAGGCAGGUCAGUACUGAAGAAGGGGAGAAGCUGGCCACGGAGCUGGCAUGUGCUUUCUAUGAGUGUUCUGCCUGCACUGGAGAAGGGAACAUCACGGAGAUAUUCCACGAGCUGUGUCGAGAGGUGCGUCGCCGGAGGAUGGUGCAGGGCAAGACAAGGAGACGCAGUUCCACCACGCAUGUCAAGCAAGCCAUUAACAAGAUGCUCACCAAGAUCAGUAGCUAG